CAGGUCAACACUGCCCCACAGCCCCGGAGGAACAUUCUAGCCCGGCGGGUGUGUGUGCAACGGACGCUUAUGCGGGGGAGACGGAGGCUCCCUAGCCCAGGAGGAGGAGGAGAGGAGGAGCAGCAGCAGCAGCAGCAGAGAGGGCUGACUUGCUGAAUUCACCACCACCUACAGAACAUCUAGCAUAGGCCACGAAUUGUGGUUCAGGUUUUGCAGGCGUGUGUUAAUCCUGACAACCCUUUUAGGAGGUGGGAAUGACCCUGCCUAUUCCCAGAGGAGGAACUUGGGGUUUGGAAAUGACAAGCAACUUGCCUAAGGUCACAGCUGGGGAAACUUCCAACACUGGGAAGUGGGGAGCCCGUGUCUAGGGAUGAAGCAAUGGCUCUGAAAUGCUGGGGAGGGGGUAGCUCCUGACUCCAGGAUUGGGGAGAGCAUUCGAGGGAGAGAUAGGGCAAGAAUUAAUGCACUGUGGUAGCUAGAAAGGAUCAUGUUAGUGACUGGAGCUCAGACUCCCAGAGAACCUGGGGUUCCCCUUCCCCGGUGAAGAAAAUACACAGACAGGAACAAUUCCAAGAACUUUAUGGACAGGGGAUUGAGAGCCACUAAGAAGAGGGGAGACUGUUUCAUCCCUUGCUUCCUGUGUCCUUUCCCUGAAUGCUUUCCCUGCCAUGACCAGUAGGUGGCCUCCUAAUUUGGGAAGAAAAAAAUGGCACCAGUUUGUCUUGGGGUCACCGCAGGAUUUGCCUGCUCUUUACAUACUUUCCUGUGUUUAUUCAAUAUAUAUUUAUAUACCAGUAAUGUGUUUUUGGCCCAGGCAAUGUUCUAAAUGCUGUAAAUAGAACUGCAACCAAGAAAAUCAUGGAGACAGAUGAUAAAUUUUCCAAUGUAUCUUGAGCUCUGUGAAGGCACUUCUGUCUUCUUGAGGCUUAGUAUGGGGCCUGGAUGAAGAAAUAGUUAAUAAGGUUUGUUUGGAUGAAUAAAGGCGGGGUAGUGGUGGUGUGUGGUGUGGCACGGUGCAUGCUUGGCUGGCUCAGUCUGUAGAAUGUGACUCUUGAUCUUGGGACCAUGAGUUCAAGUCCCAUGUUGGGCAUAGAGAUCUCUAUUAAAACACACACACGAAAUAACCAGUGAACCAGAACCAACCUGGAGUUAAAAAGAAAACAAAACAAAAAUAACUAAACCACAAAAAUGUAACCUGUGAAAGCCUAAAGUAUAAACCACCGGAUCAGAACAGUCCCCUGAGGACAGGAUAGAGAAUUUAGAAGUGGGUGCUUCCUGGGUCCCAGGUGCUCGAUGUUUGAACUUCAUACGAUUUAUGAACCAAUUGUGGUAUUUCUCCAUUUAUGGUGUUUGCACAUACAUUAUCAUUUAAUCCUCCGACGAGAACGACAAAGUACCUAUUACUAUUCUCCUGUGCAUCGGAGGGAACGCCAGGCCAGUGCUGACGUAGGGCCCACACCAUUGCUCCGUGGGGCGGCUGGUUCUCAGCCCAGCCUCUCUUCCCUCUUCCCACAACCUGGUCUACACGGAAGGCUGGGCAGACUUGUUGCUGAGGAAUCCCCCCAAAUCCUCUUCAUCUGGUUUUUCAUGCAGAGAUGAUGUCCUCGGGGGCAAAGGGCACAGGGUGAGGGGCCUUAGUGGGUUAAUUAUUAACCCGUAACACCUCAGGACACCUCGGACUUCUCUGGCCUCCUGACAGCGACUGGUUUAGGGCUGGCGCGGGGGCGGUGGUCCCCGCCCCAGCCAUGGGGGUCGCGCAUGUGUCUCGUCGCUGCUUCCGCCACGCGGUUCCCCUCGCCGCCCUCUCGCUGCUGCUGCUUUUUCUCUGUGCUCGGAGCUUUCGCUCCCUCUCAGGCUGCAGAUACUGGGCAGAGGUCUGUAUUCCCAAAGGACCACCGCCUGUCCAGGUCCGACUGCAAUCGGGCCCCCUGGCGGCCCCCAGGUGGGAAGAGCCUCCGUGUGAGGGCCCCCAGGGGGUGCUGGGCCGCGUGAUGGGGCCGUUCCGCGCCAGUCUGAACCCCGAAGGGGAUGUGUCGUUGUCGCCGUACCUGGCCGGAUGGAAGGCGCUGGUCAGCCCGCCACCCCACACGCAGGUUCCUAACUCCCCUCGGCUCCAUCUUCGCCUUCGCCACGAGCGAGGCCUCUGCCAAGGUGACAGCCCUCGAGGCGCGGGUGCACGGCCCCGAGGCGGCGCACUACUCGUCGCUGGCGGCCAUGGCGGCGUGGGAGCGGCGGGCCGGACUGCUGGAGCCGCCCGGGGUCGCCCCCCGAGACCCGGCCCGGCCGCCCCGUCCCUGACGCCCCCGGGGCCCCGCAGGUGCGACACGCCCAGCACCGAUCCGGGCGCCUCGUCCCCGGGCGGCGGCCCUCCCCGUGUUCCCGGUCGCUGGGAAUGA